AUGAAAGGUUUACGCAACCUCCUUAAUAAGGACUAUGAAGAUUUUCUUUAACAAAAACUUGAAUAGAAUAAUCCAAACAAAUUGAUAACUAAAAGAACUGUUGCAACUAGGGAAUCAGGUAGACCUGUUGGAUCUCGAAUGUACUAAAGACUUUAAAAACCGGAAUCAGCAAGUUAGAGCAUGGGAAAUCUAUUUGCAAAUGUUAAAGGAAAUUUAUUCGCAAAUCCGAAACAUUCGCUUUAAUAGGAGGCUAAUCCCUACCUAACUGAAUAAUAAGAAAAGUUUAUUGUUAAGUAAUAUUGGAGAUCCUUACUCCGUUGGCAAGGAUUCGAUGAUUAUCUAUUCUUGAGAGAUCCACUUAGUAUAAAGCAUAUAAAAGGGAGGGAUAUUUUAACAAAGAAUGAUGUAAUUGAGGAAUUGAAUUCAUCAAAUAUGCAUAUGCAAGUCAUGUAUUAAGCAGACAGUGGGAUGCAAGAGUACAAGGAUUAACAUAGGAGAUUACAGAUGCAACAAUUGUAGAAAUUGUAUCAACCUGGAGAAGCUAAUUAUUAGAAAUUCAAUCCAGAUAAAUAUAAAUAAACAUUUUUCGGUGGGAGAGAUGCAGCCAAGUUGUAGUAGAUAGUGUUUGAGAAUCCAAAGUUCGUAGAGUUUAUAGAAAAGAUACAGAAGUUAUUAUAGAUAAUGAAUGAGAAGAUGGUUGUCGAGGAAGUCAAUUAGAUUUCACCUAUUGGGGAGAGGAUGAUUAGAUUAUUAUGGAAGAUAGGGUGUUUGAACAUGUUUUUAGUUGGUUAUUACAUUCAUAAUAUGAUAUUGGAGAUAUAUGGCAAGGAGAAAUUGGCAUAUUCCAAUUGGAUAAAGGUAUUGAGAAUUUGUAAUAUGCAAGGGAAUCAUUGUCAUAAAUAUAAAUUAAUAGCAUAUAAGCACAUAUCUAAGAUUUGUAUUAAGCUAUAGCAGUACGACAAAAGUUUAAUUUACCUCAAGAAGAUGCUAAAAUUGUCAUGGAUAGUUAAUGAUACCAAUUAUGAGAUCUUUACUUAUGAUAAAAUCUCAUUGUGCUAUUAUUACAAAUAAGACAUGAAUAAAGCCAUUUAUUAUCAUGAGAAAUUUGCUUAAGGGGAGUACGAAGAACCAGGAAAAGGCAUGAGAAAUGUGGGUGAAGCAGCAUAUUUAUUGGAUGCUAAAACCAAAGAAGGAUUUAUUGAUCAAAAUUCGUAUUCCGAAGAUGAAUAUGAUUUAGAUGUAUUGUUACAGAAUGGUAAUCUUAAUAAGUGGGAAACUGAGAACAAGAGGAAGGAUCUCAAAAUAUUGGUCAAGAAAUUACCCAUGGAAUAUAAAAAAGGACAUAGUUUUGGUAAGAUACAUAGGCCAACCAAUAAGGUCAUUGAUUUUAAACAUGCUAUGUUAAUACUGCAUCAAUUUUAAAAUAAAUAAUAAGUUCCAUUGGGACCUAUUUAUUCGAAAGAAGUACAGGAGUAGUAAGAACAGACUGUCAAGAAAUUUAAAAAGAAAGAUUAAACUCAAUCAUGUCAAUAUUUGUUUAAUUAAAAAAGUACCAAUAGAGUGGCAUCUAACUUUUUAUUGCAAGAAGAAAUUAAGGACUAAACCACCAAUGACACUUUAUGUUUUAAACCAUCUGAAAACGUUUACUACAUCAAAAAAAUGAUCAGGGUCUUUUAAUAUGAUCUUAAGUAUUUAUUAUAGAAACAAUCUCUUUUUAAAAACUCCACUGAUUGUAUAUGAUAUUAUAUAUAUAAUAAGUUAUUUAAUGCAUUAACAUAUUACACUUAAUUGUCAAAAUACCAAAAAGGGAUAUCUGAUCUAGAGAACAGGAAACAAACCUGGGGAUAGAAUCAGUGAAAGACAAUCUUUUGCACAAUAUGUAAAUUAAUUGUCAGAAACUUAACAAUAACUACUAACCCAAAUUAAGUCAACUCCACGGAAAAACUCUUAAUUUAAUAGUCAUCCUAAUCUUCCCAAGUUACAUUCUCCUGACAUCAUGAGUAGACGGUUUGUUUUGAAUGUUGCCAAAUGUCCAAUCAAUAAUUAUUAAUCUCCCAUUUUUAGACCUAAUGGAGUCCCACAACAAUAACAGUUUUAUCAUCCCGUUUAAUCGUCUAGACAUUCAUCCCUUGAUAUAAGGAAAUCAAUGCUUAUAUAAAAUAAGCUAGCACCUAUCUAAAAGAGUUCAAUUAUCAAUCUGAGUGGAAGAAGUGUCAGAGAUGAGGAUAUGAGUUUGUUUUAUUAUAAAAUUGGUGGAGACGAGGUAGUUGAUUAAUUAAAUGAAGAAUUUUUCCAUUUUUCAAGCCAGCAUGACAUGAUUAAAAGUAUGUAAAUAGCAUUUAUUAAUUUAAGACAUUGAAGAUCAUGAAUAAUAUAAGGCUCAUUUUAAGAUAUUUUUAGAAUAUAUUAUGGGGAAACCAGUGUUUUAUAAUCUUGAAUAGCUUAAAGAUAAACAUAAAAAUCUAGGACUUAAAAAUAAUGAUUUCAACCAAUUUAAAAAUUAUCUUAUUGUAUUUUUUAUCACUUAACUUUUAGACAUGCUUUUUAAAAGUUAAUAAAACUUAGCCAGAGCAUGUCUUUGAAUUUAGUUCUAUGAUUGAACAAUAUCGAUACUGUAUAAUCAACAGCGAUACUCCAUUUGCUAUUAUAUACAAUCAAAAAACUGAGAAACUAAGCACAAAAGAAGUUCCAGACACUAUUCUGUGUAUGGCUGAAAGCAGUUAUCAGAAGAUAUUUGCUGACAAUACAUUGGCUCAUUACUUUAUAGGAAUUCAACUCCAUGAAUAGGCUAAAAAAUUAGGUAGAAUACUGCACCAAAUGAUGGGUUGGGACUAGACUUCUGAUUAAGCUUUAUUAGAUAUGAGGGAGUCUCAUAAGAGUAUGCAUUUAAACAAUGUACAUUUUACAUUAUUUAAAUAACAUAUGAUUGAGUCCAUGAGAUAAUUGCACAUCCAAGAGAAAUAAAUAGAACUUGUUACCUCGAGAAUGGAUGGAUAUAGAAGUUACAUCAUUAACCAAGAUUCCUUACUUGAAUUUUACAGAGAUCAACCAACAUUGCUUUAGGUUUAACAGAAAAAGUAUGUCCAACUGCUUAGAAGNUAAAAACUCCACUGA